AUGCAUAUCAUCCGGUUGGUGUAUCCAUAUACAGAUGCACAGCUGAGGUUCAAUCUUGCCCUAAGUCUUGAUCCCGGUGAUCCCUUAGUGAGGCAGAUCCAAGACACUCUUGUAGUGGUGAAGCUGGCCCACCGACUGAUGAUCGAAUGGUUUCGCAGAGUACAUUUGGAUGUGACUUUGAAUGAGGAGUAUGAGGCAGUGGAAGUAGCAGAACUUGUGUACUCCAACCCCCAUGUGCUACAGGUACUGAUGCUGUUUGUGGGAAAAGCUGUGAUCAUCCCUAUGAAUACACUUCACAGGUUGACUAUUACUGACACUGAUAUGAGUCAAGAUCAAUUUGACUACAUUCAAUAUAAUCUAUUCCGUCUCAAAACGUUAACGGUAUCAAAUCGAUAUAUUGGCAACUUAAGGGUUAAUGCGGCUCACACGAUGUGGAACAAAUUGCUGUUAACCAAUUAUCGUUUGGAUCUUGAAAGCCUACCACCCAUAACCCAUUUGCAGCUAUUCAAUUGUUCCAUUGAAGACCUGGAGAUCCUCCCUUUGCAUCUGCUCAAAUACCUAGUGGUCAACGAUCUCGAUUGGGGUCUUCAUUACAUUUGGCAUCUGAUUCUAGCUCUGCAAGAUCGGCUUCGAAUUCUCCGACUAGGAGAGUUUAAGCAAAUUAGUCCAGAUUUUAGCCUCAUGAUUCAAGAACUUGUUGACAUUAAUCGCGCACACAAGCUACAUCUCCAAUAUUCUCCGAAAGCCAAAUUCCUGUGUCCAUAUCCUCUACGUGAAUUAAGUUUGAAAGCAUGUCAAGAUUUGAUUGUUGGGCGGAAUUUACGUCGUAUCUGCCUUGAGACACUCGUCAUCAAAGAAUCAAACAUGGACUUCUUCGGUAAGUGUCCUCAAUUGAGGUAUCUAAAUAUCAAUGAACUUGAAUGUCAUUGUGACCUGGCUACUUUAAGCAUUCCGUCUACGGUAACUGAUAUUGGUAUUUUGAGUAUGAGUCUGACUUCAACUACUGCAUUUUCGUGGGAGCGACUUCAAUUGCCUGAAAACCUCCACACGCUAAGACUACGAAAUGUAGGGCUCAAUUCAUCGACGGAACUACGAAUCCCUAGCGAAGUAUCGGUCAUCGAUCUUAGCAAUAAUCACCUUACUGAAUGCGAGGACUUUCUCAGAUACGAAAAGCUUCACACAUUACUUUUACGAAACAACUGCUUGAGUAUGGCAACAAUUAUUGCUCCAAACCUAUGUGUUUUGGAUGUUGACAUGAAUGAGCUCCAACGGUUGGUGGUGACAAAGCUGGUAACAGAUUUGUCAGUGCUGCUGGCACUUGAUUGUAUAACCAACAUUGAUUUGUGGGAUGAGAACGACUGGAAUUUCUCUGAGCAGCUGAUAGACUCGAUAGUUACUUUACCGCAGAAACUAACACGAUUUCAAUUGAUGACAAACCAAACAAACUCGUUGGGUGAAGUUGAGGCGCUGGUGGUUACCCGUUCAUUUGGAUUGAUAAAUACACUUUUUCCCGCCCUGCUUGAACUGAUAUAUAUUGGGUGUCUUCAAUUAGACAUGUUGAAUACUAAUUUUGAAGCCGGUCUGCAUUUGCAACACUUGACAAUUGCCGCUGAUUCAAUUGAUCUUCACAGCGUUAAUUUGCCUUCACUGCUUCAAGAACUAGUGUUGGAAUGCGAUCGUCUUGUCGAUAUACUGACGGUGCCCCUCGAGAUCAAGCGCUUGACGAUUCGUGCCUAUCGUCAUUUGGGGUUGCAUGACAACAGUGCCCCGAACACAUUUUUUGCCAAGUUUACCAAGUUAACGGAGUUAACUUUACAUUGCCCGAAGCUCCAUAUGCUGCCAAAGUCGCCACUUCAACUUCCAGCCUCUAGCUUAGAGCGAUUUGCUUUCAUGGGACCGACAAAAGCAGCGUUCUUCCAAUUCAUUGGGGCCAAAGUUAGCCAGUUGACGCAUUUGUCGAUGCCCCAGGUAAGAAAGUGGACGUGGGCUUCGAUUAGCACCUCUACACCUGGAAAAUACUCGGCCAAACAUGCCAACUUGAGGUUCCUCACUGCGGCUACUAUGUGUUCGCUGCCGGCGGACGAAUUCCCCGAGUGCGUUGUGGCGGUCAAGACUAGACACGGUGACUACACGACAAAUAAGCAGUGGUGUGUUGUGGGGCAACCACGGACCAUGAUACACGUGAUAGACUACUAG